GUCUGUCCACUGUGCCACCUAGAAGAAAGGAGUGAAAAGGAGAAGAGAGGAGAGGGAAGGGCAGAUGAAAUAGAAAGCACCAUAUUGGGACUGUUGGGAUGAAGGUUCUUGGCUUUGGGAGAGGGGUUGCAUUUUUAUUUCUUUAACCAGGACAGGGUGGUUGGGAAAGGGAGAAGAAGAAGAGGAGCAGGAAGGUAGCUCUUAGUGUAGAGAAUGACCUUAGGAGCCUGGCCUUUAAUCUCUCAUGUCCUUUCACCUACUGCAAUCUGUGCACACACAACAAGGACAAAACCUUUUCCCCUCCCUACCCUCGCUUCUGCCCAGGUUCCCUUCUGGUUCAAUGGCCCUCCCUCAGCCUCUUGUCUGUGGGGGUGUAGUCGGAGGUGUGGUCUAGGGAAUCUGUGGACCUGGCUUUGGAUAAAAAUGAAGGGCAGGUAGCAUGCAGAUAACAGGAGACGGGGACCUUGGUUUUCCAGAACUACAGAGAACAGAGACAGACAACAGGAUGCUGCCUGGUUCUGAGUGGCUGUCUCACCAACUGGGCCUGCUGGGACUGGAGCUUAGAGUUUCUUCAGCCUUGCUCCUGAUCUUCCUGACAUUUAGCAUCUGGAUCCUGGGCAAAGGCCUGACCUUUGUCCACCAAUGCUAUAUCAACUGCCAACAGCUUCGAUGCUUCCCUGAACCCCCCUUACAGAACUGGUUUAAGGGCCAUGUAGGACUGAUCAAACCCUCUGAGGAAGGCGUAAAGAAUAUAAUUAAAUUUGUAACCACAUUCAGGGAGGUGUUUCUAAUGUGGGGUGGACCCAUACACCCAAUUGUUUUCAUCUGCCACCCCGACUACAUCAGGCCUGUCACAUCAGCUUCAGCCUAUAUCGCACCCAAGGACAAGCUUUUUUAUGGAUUCUUCAAGCAUUGGCUGGGGGAUGGGCUGCUUCUGAGCAAAGGAGACAAAUGGAGCCAGCGUAGGCGCCUGCUGACCCCAGCUUUUCACUUUGACAUCCUCAAACCCUACAUAAAGAUUUUCAACAAGUCCACUGACAUCAUGCACAUGAAUUGGAGACAAUUGUAUGUUGGGGACAGCAUCCGCCUGAAUGUUUUUGACCACAUCAGCCUCAUGACCCUGGACAGCUUGCAGAAGUGUGUCUUCAGCCAUGACAGCCACUGUCAGGAGAAGCCAAGUCCCUAUAUCUCUGCCAUCUUGGAAUUAAGCAGCCUUGUAUCAAAACGCAACCAGGAGCCAGUCCUAUACUGGGAUCAUCUAUACUACCUCACCAGCCAGGGGAGACAGUUCUUGAGGGCUUGCCACCUGGUGCACGGCUUCACAGAUGAUGUCAUCCAGACCCGGCGCCGAAUCCUUGCUGAACAAGGUUCUGAGGCCUUCCUCAGGAAUAAGAUCAAAGGAAAGACUGUGGACUUCAUAGAUGUUCUCCUGCUGGCUAAGGAUGAAGAAGGGAAGGCUUUGUCAGACAAAGACAUUCGGGCAGAAGCUGACACCUUCAUGUUUGAGGGCCAUGACACAACAGCAAGUGGCCUCUCCUGGGCCCUCUACAACCUGGCCCAGCACCAAGAAUACCAGGACCGCUGUCGUCAGGAAAUACAGGAGCUCCUGAGGGGUCGUCAGCCAGAGGAAAUUGAAUGGGAUGACCUGUCUCAGAUGCCUUUCCUGACCAUGUGCAUCAAGGAGAGCCUGAGGCUGCACCCACCGGUUGUUGCUAUUGCUCGCCGAUGCACCAAGGACAUCCAACUACCUGAUGGGCGCGUCAUCCCCAAAGGGAACAUUUGUCUGGUCAGCAUUUUUGGAACUCACCACAAUCCAUCUGUGUGGUCUAAUCCUGAGGUCUAUGACCCAUACCGCUUUGAAUUUGACAACUUCCAGAAGAUGUCACCAUUGGCAUUUAUGCCCUUCUCAGCUGGACCCAGGAAUUGCAUUGGCCAGAAUUUUGCCAUGUAUGAGAUGAAGGUUGUGCUGGCCCUCACUCUACUGAGAUUCAGAAUCCUCCCUGAUGAACACCCAGCCCGAAGGAAGCCAGAAGUGAUCCUCAGGGCUGAGGACGGGCUGUGGCUGAGGGCAGAGCCACUGCAGCAUCCUUCCAUGCCUGAGACACACCUCUCAGAAGCCCCCCAGAAUUGAUGGACGAGAAUUUCCUCAGGCCUGGAACAUGGAGGUCUGGAGACUGCCAGUCCUUCAGUUACCCUUGUCUUGCUUCUGAAUAAAAGCAUUAUAUUUUGGUUU